AGCUGGCAGGAGUGAAGCCUGAUAUUACAGACCGCUGCUCCAAACCAGAUGCUGAGGAACUUAAACCAAAGGCUAAAUCCAGACGAAAGAAGGAGACUUGUAGUGUGUACUCUAAAGGUGAAAAGAAAUAUACCUUUAUUUCAGUGUAAAGUGUUAGUGGUAGUAUCAGACUGAAGGAUCUUAUAAUGGCCAAGCAAAAUGGAAGGGGACGUUGAUUUUUACAAACAUUUUGCAUGGUUAAAAAAGGUCAACGUGCACAGCGCAUGCAACGGUGAGACCUACCAGGAGCGACUGUCUCGUCUAGAAGGAGAUAAAGAGUCACUUGUGUUACAGGUCAGUGUUUUGACGGAUCAGGUGGAGGCUCAGGGAGCGAAGAUAAGAGACCUGGAGAAUUCUCUUGGGGAAUAUCAGCACAAGCUGAACUCCACUGAGGAGAUGCUUCAACAGGAGUUUUUCAGCAGAAGUUCUCUAGAGUCACAGAAGCUGGGGUUGAUGGAGGAAGUGUCCUGUCUGAAACUGAAGCUGGGGGACAUGGAGGACAAACACAUCAACUGUGCCGAGAGACAACAUAAAGCUGAGAGUGUAGUGAAUCUGAUUAGUGAGCUCCAGGAGCAGAUGUGUAGGAUUCGUCAGGAGAUCUCAAGUAAAAACCCAGAGAAGCCAGCAGAGAUGAUCCCAGAGGAGGGCUAUGGCAGUGAGCCAGCACAAGCUUCUCAGACUGAACCAAAGCCGACGAACUUGCUCCAAGAGCUCAAAAUUCUCAAGCAUCGAGUUGAGGAGCUGGAGCAGGAAAAAACCCAUUACGAACAGAAGCUCAAGGUGACACAGGCAGAGAUUAUGACUUUACAGCAGCUAUUGAACUGCAAAAACUCUGAAAUAGAGAAUCUACAGGCUCAGCUGCUCUCCAGAGCUCCAGUAUCUGUGGACAGUGCUGAAAGAGAGGAGAUUUACAGAAGGAGACUCAACACCAAACAUCAAGAGUUACAAAGGUUAAAGACAGGAAUGGAAUCACUUAUUGCUGCCAAUGAUGAAAAGGAUCGUCAGAUUGAAGAGCUUACUCUCCUCCUCAGUCAGUUCAAACAGAUGAAUGAAAUCAUGACUUUAGUUCAAGGUACAGAAGACAAAUCUAUUCAAAUCAGAAGUGAGGAUGAAAAGCAGAACGGGGCUGUGAAAAUGAAGACGUUAAUACAAAAAGCUCAUCCUGAGCUGACCUUCAGCAGCUCAACUCCUCUACUAUUUUCUUCAGUUUCUUCCCAGAAAGAUGCAAACUCCAGGUCUAAUAGUAUAGAAGACUUUAAUGGCAGUUCAACUCCAAAGACUGGACAAGCUGAUAACAAACAUCAGACGCUCCCAGCUGUGACUCUCCCAGAGAAGAGAGAGGGUGAGACGAGUGACACAUCAGGCAAAAAGUCUCCAGAGAAUAAGGAUGAAGACAUCAACAUUAAAACAAUGAAGGACACAACCAAUUCUGAUCUUUCUUCAGUAUCGUCUGGGGCUGAAUCAGGCCAGCAGUCUCCUGUCUCACAGGAAAAUGUCAAAAACACCAGCAUACGCAAAUUGUGGGGAAAGAUGAAGAGGACAGGUGUGCUGUCAGAUGACUUGGAGCCCACACAGUUUAAGAGAGGGGGGUUCAGGGCUACAGCUGGACCUCGGCUAAUACGAACACCUGAUUCUGGACGCUCAUCUCGUUCACAAACACCCUUCUGUAAGUGGACAACAGAGCAAGUGUGUGGCUGGAUGGAGGAGUGUGGUUUGGGUCAGUAUGUCAGUUUGGCCCGCCAGUGGGUGGAUAGUGGACAAACCCUCCUCUCUGCAACUCCACAGGAACUUGAGAAGGAGAUUUGUAUUAAACAUCCUCUGCACAGAAAGAAAUUGCAACUAGCUCUCAGAGCAUUCAGUAACAAGACAAUGGAGAAAUCUUCCGAACUGGAUCAUAUCUGGGUUACACGUUGGCUUGAUGACAUUGGUUUACCACAGUACAAAGAUCAGUUUUAUGAAAGUAAGGUUGAUGGGCGCAUGCUACAGUACCUAACAGUGAAUGACCUCUUGUUUCUGAAAGUCACCAGUCAGCUUCAUCAUCUGAGCAUUAAAUGUGCAAUCCAUGUCCUUCAUGUUAACAAGUUUAACCCAAACUGCUUGAGACGGAGGCCAGGAGAUGAGUUCAAGACGUCUCCUUCUGAGGUGGUGCAGUGGUCCAACCACCGUGUGAUGGAGUGGUUGAGGUCGGUGGAUCUGGCUGAAUAUGCUCCAAACCUGAGAGGCAGUGGUGUUCAUGGAGGCCUAAUUAUCCUAGAACCUCGUUUUCAUUCAGAGACCCUGGCGUUGUUGCUUAACAUCCCUCCACAGAAAACUCUCCUGAGACGACACCUGGCCACCAAUUUCUACACACUGGUUGGGCUCCAGGCACAGCAGGAGAAACGAGAGUUUGCCAAUGCCAGUGGCCAUGCUCCCCUUACCACCACUGCGAAAGUCAGGCCAAAGAAGCUUGGUUUUACUCACUUCAGACAGUUGAGAAAGCUCAAGAUGGAUGAAUCAGCAGAUUAUAUAUGCCCCAUGGAUACAGGGACCUCACCAGUGCUAAAUGGAACACCAAAGAAACAUUAUGCAAGCUUCAGGGGGAUCAGCCCCAUCCUAGCCAGAGAAUCAGACAGACUGGAGCAGGUUGGGUCUAAGGGCUGAUUCAUUGCUUCUUUAGUUCAGCCUCUCUUAGCCAAGUAAUACCACGCUUAACUCCAUCAAAUGUCAGCAAAAGAGUAACUUCAAUCUGCUGCUUGAGAAACAUCAGAAUUAAUUAUGCAAUCAGUCAUAGCAUUAUUCUGGAUGAGAUGGGCUAUAAUCUCAGCAAAAAUAAUAGAUACAUAUUAUUAUUAUUAUUAUUAUUAUUAUUAUUAUUAUUUGUUUUUGUUUAGUGCCAAUGCUAAAAUUUGUUCUUGAAUGCUUAAUUUUUGAGUUCUUUUUUAUAUAAUAAAUGUCCAAUAAAAAGCUUUUUUCUUUAA